AAUAUGCCUCCAAAGAUGACCACAGGGACUUCGCUGGGGAACUGGAGGUUCUCUGUAAACUUGGCCACCACCCAAACAUCAUCAAUCUCUUGGGAGCGUGUGAACAUCGUGGCUACCUGUACCUGGCCAUCGAAUACGCUCCCCACGGAAAUCUCCUGGACUUCCUGCGCAAGAGCCGAGUGCUGGAGACGGAUCCGGCCUUCGCCAUCGCCAACAGCACUGCCUCCACGCUGUCCUCCCAGCAGCUUCUCCAUUUCGCGGCGGACGUGGCCCGCGGCAUGGACUACUUGAGCCAAAAACAGUUUAUCCACAGGGAUCUGGCUGCCAGGAACAUUUUAGUUGGUGAAAACUACGUAGCCAAAAUAGCAGAUUUUGGAUUGUCCCGAGGUCAAGAAGUAUAUGUGAAAAAGACAAUGGGAAGGCUCCCAGUGCGUUGGAUGGCAAUCGAGUCACUAAAUUACAGUGUGUAUACAACCAACAGUGAUGUAUGGUCCUACGGAGUGUUACUAUGGGAGAUUGUUAGCCUAGGUGGUACCCCCUACUGCGGGAUGACAUGCGCAGAGCUGUACGAGAAGCUGCCCCAAGGCUACAGACUGGAGAAGCCUCUGAACUGUGAUGACGAGGUGUAUGAUCUAAUGAGACAGUGCUGGCGGGAGAAGCCUUAUGAGAGGCCAUCAUUUGCCCAGAUAUUGGUGUCCUUAAACAGGAUGUUAGAAGAACGCAAGACUUACGUGAACACCACGCUUUAUGAGAAGUUUGCCUACGCAGGGAUCGACUGCUCUGCUGAGGAAGCAGCCUAGAACCAACCCUACCGGUAUACCAGACCCGUGAUGCCAAGAAAGCAAGACUGUGGCAAGAGAGGUGACCUAGAACCUAAACAUGUAUAUAUAUUGCUGUAUGUCUGGGACUUUACCACAGAAACCCCUGUGUGUGAAUCUAUAGUACACUUUGACUCUUAUAGGACUGUAUAUACUGUUUUGAAUAAGAAUGUGCUGAAAUCAGAGUGCCUGUUUGUGGUUUCAUAUGCAAUAAUAUAUUUUUCUAAAAAUAUGGACUUUACAGGAAGGUGUGUGAGUACAAUUACUAUAAUGCAUAACUCAUUAUCAUUCUAGGUAUUUUUGCUAUUUACCUUCAUACUGAAUGCUGUAAAUGUUUGGCUCUGUAGAAGAAAGACCUUGUUAGUAAACCUAACACCAGCCCUGAUAGCCCAGGGAAGAAAAGUGGUGGAAAUACAUUAGUUCUAUCAGGAUAGAGGUUAACAUUUAAAUGAGAUCUUUCUGUCCAUCGCUAAACUCUCUCCCUCAUGUGUAGGAGCCAUCCCACUUUUACUUGGUCAUUUUUCAACUUUGUCAUGUGUUUCCAGACCCCACAAGUCAAUCCAGAAUGCUAACACCUAAAAGUAAGCUUCAAUCUCAUUCCGUAUAAGUCUAAGAAUCUUUAGAGAAAUAGAAGUUUGAUGAAUCAAUGAGAUUUUGUUUCUCUGGUGACACGGAUUUGUGUAUUUUAAGAAAUUGAAGUAAGAAGCCUGGAGUUCCAUUUGGGAGACAUGUGACAUUUGUAUCAACUGAACAUCCCUACAUGUAUUGCACGUUGUAAAGUUUCAGUGUUGAUCAGUUGUGAGUUUACAGCUUAUAUCGUAGGCACAAGUUGCACUGAGGUUAUACAGUAAGUGAAUAAAUGUCUUGCCUACCCA